GCAAAUGGAGCCGGAUGGCAGAAGGAAGGGACGUCACGCCUUUUGGGUAUCAAGGGCCUUCUGUCAUGGAAACCGCGACCUCCAAGAUGAGGUGGACACUGAAGCAAAGAGCCGUUUUCAAGAGAUGGGGCGCAAGUAGACAUGCCUGCGGACGAGCUACACUCUGAGGAGAGACUUUAGAACAGACAGCAAUGGGGAAUUCAGAGAGCCAGUAUAGUAUUCAGGGUCCCAAAGGCAGCAGCUUUAUCUUCCCAGGGAAACAAAAGCCAUAUUCACUUAAAUUCCGCUCAACCAAAGAGGACGGCCUAUCACCCCAUACAUGGUGGAAAAAUACCCCUGGGGGCUCUGGGUAUAAGGCCAGAUCUGUUGGUCGUGGCUGUCUGUCUCCUUCCAAAAGCCGCCAGCCCUACUCCACCCGGCACUAUGACUACAUUUCUAAGGGUGCUAGGACCAGUCCAAAUGAACAUCGCUGGCAUGGAUCCCCUGUAUUAAAUGUACCAAGGAGGCAUAUGCCUGAUGACUAUGACAAUCCGUAUGGUGCUGAGCUUAAUGGCCACUCGCUUAACGGCCACAGUACUGGUCAUGAGGGUUUGGAGGAACAGAGCAGCCCGCGUGUGGUGAUCAAGAAGGAUGGAAGCCUGAGGGUGGAGUUCACCAACAAUUCUGGCAGUGCCCUUCUCCUGAAUGAGGCCUCUGGCCCCGUACAGCUUCUCAAGUUCUCCCCUAACCUGGAGUCUACCUCCACUUCAAGUCUGCCAGGCUCCAGUGGUAGGAGGCCUGAGGGUCACCACAGUGGUCCACCGCCAGCCUCCACCUCCUCUACAGCCAGGACCAGCAAGGGAAGUUCCCUGAGCUCUGAAGGCUCCUGGUAUGACUCGCCCUGGGGACCAAGCACUGAACUUUGUGAACAGGACCAGGCCUGUCCCCCUGGCAGGACUUUAGUUCACUCCCCAAUCCAACUAGAAUCAUUCACAGAACAGUCACCUCCCAUGUCUAUCACAGACCUCUACAGCGAUCCCACUAUGGCUGCGACCUUCCCCACAGCCAAGGAUCUGUCCUCUCAAUUCCAGGCUCCGCCAUCAGGCCGCAGACCACAUAGAGCCUCCCUAGCAUCAGUCCUUGAUGUGCCUGCAGAGGAAGAGUGUCCCGAGGCCCGGCAGUACUCAUCAUACACCUUGCCAUGUCGCAGGCCCAAAGCCCACACAAUGAGUGAUGAUGACCUGGACCAGUACCCAGACCCUGUCCUAGACCAAUACCAGGAGCAGUCUGGGCCAGAGUUCAGUUUCCAGAAGAAAGAAUCCAUCAAGAACCGUAUCAGACGCCUUAGUGACUGGACAGGCAGCCUCAGUCGGAAGAAGAGGAAGUCUCAAGAGCCCAGGUACAAAGACCCCACUGAGGCCUUUGACAGUGGGGUUGAUGGCCUGACGGUAGAUACCAGCUCCCCCUCCCAGGUCUCCAGCCUUCUCUGGUUUCCAGGGGCCUCCAGGGCCCAAUCAUCAGGGGCCCUUCACCAUGCAACCAGUGAUGCCCUCCGCCAGAACAUUUAUGAGAAUUUCAUGAGAGAGCUGGAGACUGGCACUGGUCAGGGGAGUGGAGGAGGGGGAGCAGGUGAGAGGAGAGAUCCGUCCACGGGCACCGAGGAGGGGGAGAGCAGCAGUGAGUCUGCCGAGGGCUCCUUGGAGGAGCUGGACCUGCUGUUUGAGAAGGAACAAGGGGUGGUGAGACGUGCUGGCUGGCUUUCCUUCAAACCUCUUCUGACCCUGCACAAAGACAGGAAGCUGGAGCUGGUGACCCGACGCAAGUGGAAACAAUACUGGGUGACCUUGAAAGGGUGUACUUUGUUGUUCUAUGAGACCUAUGGUAAGGGCUCUCCAGAGCAGGAACUGUCUCCUCGCUAUGCCCUGCUGGCUGAGGACAGUAUUGUUCAGGCCGUCCCCGAGCACCCAAAGAAGGAGAACGUCUUCUGCCUCAGCAACACAUAUGGAGACGUGUACCUCUUCCAGGCCAGUAACCAGACCGACCUGGAGAACUGGGUGACAGCUGUCCAUUCUGCCAGCGCCUCUCUGCUGGCCAAGCGCCAAGGCAAGGAGGACACGGUGCGUCUGCUGCGGAGCCAAGUCCGGGGCCUUCUGCAGAAAAUUGACAUGGAUGGGAAAAUGAAGAAGAUGGCCGAGCUGCAGCUGACUGUGGUCAGUGACCCCAAGAACCGCAAGGCCAUCGAGAACCAGAUCCAGCAGUGGGAGCAGAACCUGGAGAGGUUUAACAUGGACCUGUUCCGCAUGCGCUGCUACCUCGCCAGCCUGCAGGGCGGAGAGCUGCCCAACCCCAAGAGCUUGCUGGCCACGGCCAGCCGCCCCACUAAAACCACCUUGGGACGCCUGGGCAUCUUCUCCGUCUCCUCUUUCCAUGCACUGAUCUGUUCCAGAGAUGAAGCCACGCUAAGGAGGCGCUCGGUGUCCCUGACGUGCAAGCAACACAAAAAAGGCCUUUUCUCUUCGCUCAAAGGCCUGGACAACCUCACCAAGAGAGGCCGCGAAAAGAGGCCUUCUGCAUCUCAGAUCUUUGACGGCAACACCAGCGGUCAGCACUACUACCUCCCUCCCAGCAGCACCGAGAGGCUGGACGUGCUGACCAGCAUCUACUCCAUGUCGCCCCCUGAGGGCGGUGUGUGGGACAGCAGCAACGGUGGCGGUGUUGGCGGUGGGGAGGUGCUGACCUCUGUCUACAUGCCAGACGGUGUGACGGUCCAAGUUCCUGUCAGAGGAGACCACACUGUUUCUGAACUCUUCUCCUCUGCCUGCAAGGUGAAACAGCUGAAUCCAAGCCUGCACUGCCUUCGACUGCACAGGCGUGUGGGACAGGACGUAGAGGUGCGAUACCUGGCACCUUACGAGCUCCUCCAGGACAUGAUGCACGAUCAGUUUGAGGUGUUUCCCAUGAAUGUCUUUACUCUGCUCAUGAGCAGACCCAGUGGAACUGGUGACUUUGGCUUUGCGGUAACGGGGCACAUAGAUGUUCAGAAGAAUAGCAGGAUCUUCGUCAGUGAGGUGCUGCCUGAUGGGAUAGCUUUCCGUGAAGGUUUGCGCCCAGGUGACGAGAUCCUGGUGCUGAACGGCCAGUGCGUGUCAGGUCUUGACUUGGCUCUGAUCCAGACUCUGUUUGCCGAACACACCCUUCACUUGAGUCUGCGACGGGAAGGGCCUGUGUCUGCGGCGCUGGCAUCCCAACACCACCUCGCCCCACCUCCCAGACACAACACACACCACCGCGCCAAGUCCUCCUCAGAUGUGUGCACAGAGGCUGAUGGUGGGGAGUCCCUGGGCCUAAGGCAGGAUGACGGUCACGCCCACCAUUUACACAGGCCUGUUCAACACAGUAAGAGUGUGGACACCGUGUGCACCCUCUACCAGUCCUUCCAGGAGGGAGCCGGCUCUGGAGGAGUGAAGGAGGCCACCAAGGAAACCCCAGCGGGACAGGGGUUGGGCUCAGGGCCCGGGGCAGAGGCCACCCUGCUUAGACCCUGCCCCAGGCACAUGAGUGCCACCGAGAGGCUGCGAAAGGUCAUCCAGGAGCUGGUGGACACGGAGAAGUCCUACGUGAAGGACCUGACGUGCCUGUUUGAGAUCUACCUGAAGCCCCUGCAGAACGAAACCUUCCUCACACUGGACGAGAUGGAGAGUCUGUUUGGUAGCUUGCCAGAGAUGCUGGACUUCCAGAGGGUCUUCCUGCAGACCCUGGAGGAGAGGAUCGCCUCCUCACCUGAUUUCAGCAUCCUGGAGACCCCCGGACAGUUCAAGAAGCUGCUGUUCUCUCUGGGGGGUUCGUUCCUCUACUAUGCCGACCACUUCAAGCUCUACAGCGGCUUCUGUGCCAACCACAUCAAGGUCCAGAAGGUCCUGGAAAGAGCCAAGACGGACCGAGCCUUCAAGGAAUUUCUGGAUGCGAGGAACCCCACCAAGCAGCACUCGUCCACCCUGGAGUCGUACCUGAUUAAACCGGUACAGAGGGUGCUUAAGUACCCCUUACUGCUGAGGGAACUGGUCUCUCUCACUGACGCAGACAGCGAGGAGCACAUCCAUCUCACUGAGGCCCUCAAAGCCAUGGAGAAGGUUGCAAGCCACAUCAACGAGAUGCAGAAGAUCUACGAGGACUAUGGCUCUGUGUUUGACCUGCUAGUUGCUGAGCAGACUGGUCACGACAGAGAGGUCACAGAGAUCUCUAUGGGAGAGUUUCUCAUGCAUUCCUCUGUCGUCUGGCUCAACCCCCAUCCUUCACUAGGCCGCAUGAGAAAAGACCCGGAGAUGACCGUGUUUGUUUUCAAGAAGGCAGUGAUACUGGUCUACAGGGAGAACAACAAGCUGAAGAAGAAGAUGACCAACCCUCGCUCAGCGCUCUCCCACGGAGAUGCAGACCCGUUCAAGUUUCGUUGGCUCAUCCCGCUCUCGGCACUGCAGGUCCGGCUGGGGAACACUGCAGGAACGGGCACAGAAACCAGCUGUAUCUGGGAGCUGAUUCAUACCAAGUCUGAAGUGGAGGGAAGACCAGAGACUGUCUUCCAGCUAUGUAGCAGCGUACCAGAGUCCAAGGUCAACAUCAUCAAGGUGAUCCGCUCCAUCCUCAGGGAGAACGUGAAGAGGAAUAUGAGGAACGAUGGCACGUCAGACAGGGGCUGCAAGGAGCGCCUGGCGCCCCUGCCCACCUCUGCCCGGAUAGGUACUUCCAGAGCCUCCUGGCUGUGUAAGCAGCCCCUCCUCGACCCCCCUGCCCAGAUGGGGAAUCUCAAACCGGGGCCAGACUCGGAUGAGGGCAGCCUGAGCGGCAGCACUCACAGCUCCUCUGGAUUACCCCCACCAUGCAUCCCAUCAGAUCCCCGCUGCCCCAACACCUCACUGAGUUUGUCUGAGGGCUCUGGGCCACACUCUCAACCCCCAUCCACCUCUGUGAAGGAGUCGGAUAUUUUGAGCGAUGAUGACAACGACGGGCUAAGCGAGGCGGUGGGAAAGACGAGGAGGAAGGAAAGCAGCAGAGGCGACUCCCCCACCAGCGCUAUCGAGGCUCAGUUCCUCCAACUUAAACUCUCCGAGGAGGCUGCCGCGAGGUGCACGCCGGCCCCCCGGGUCCAACCCGAGGGCGCGGAGGUGAACACCCCAGAGAUCCAGCCCAAGCUGAUGCGCAGCCACUUCAACCCGGUCAAGAGGAAAUCUAGCAACAGCUUCAGACGGAGCAAGGGGGCGCUGCUGUGCGCGAAAGAGCACAGCAGGUCCCUGGAUGGCCAGGCGGAGGCGUCGUCAUCAGGAGUGGCCGACCUCAAUGAGUUGCUGGAGAGGGAGUUCAGCGUUCAGAGUCUGACGUCAGUGGUCAACGAGGACUGUUUCUAUGACCCGUCGGAAAGCAGGGCCACUGACACUGGCAAUGGCGCUUCCUCUUAGUGCCACGCAGGGACAGCGACUAAGCAACGAUAUAACCAGAACGAAAGUCUUAGGUGGAAAGUUUAGAGGUUAACCCAAGCCCCUGGCAGUACACCACUUUCUCCCAAAUAGGUGGUGGUGGCAAUGAUGUGCCUCAUGACUCAACAUUGUGUUUAUUUUGCAAGCCACCCCAUCUGAUCUUUCAGGGCCGAUUACAAAGGGUGCCUAUUGGCUGCGACGUGUACGUGUGUGGUCCCCAUCCCAAAUCUAGAGAAGCGAGGCAAGGUGACUGUCCCAAUUAUAAUGACUGCAAUGAAUCUGCAAAGCACUGAUGCAUAUUCUGGCUCCACCCAUCGGUGUUGGCCCCGCCUUUUCUUCGGACCUGCCUGUAUGGCAUCUCGAUGGUCUGAGGCGGUUUAUACCCCCUCGUUUUCCUUUCGGCUCACAGUGGCUGGCCAUUUUACAGCCACUGCAUGAAUCUCUUUCUCUAAGGACAUGGAAGUUUGCCAUUAGCUACCCUGACAUUUUUUUUUUAGAUCCGUUAAGUAUAGUGGGAAGGGAGGAGCUGAGUGGAAGCUGCUACAGACUAAUAUGACUCAACCUAAGAGCUGUGCUUGUCUAGACAGACUUCCUGAGGACAGAGGAAGUCAUACUAAAUGAAUGGGAAGGAAAUUUGCCACAUUGCAACUCUGCCUUUUUUGCUGUAUUUUGUGCACUAAAGUACACUGUUUGCCUAUAUAUUUGAAAUAUCUUUUUGUAACUGUACAUCAUGAGUUUGUUUUUGAUGAUAUUUUUUUUAUUUAUUGGUAGGUUUGAUUUUGAAUACCUUAGCUAAGUAAAAUUUUGGGUGAAGGCUUGAACUGUUUGCAAAAAAAAAGGAAGGUCCAUUUGUUUAAAAAAAAAGAUGCAAUUCAGUGACACUUUUUCAAACCGUUUUAAAUGUAGCCUACUGGAUUAUGGUAGUCUAAAUCUAAAGAUUGUAAUUUCCAAUAUACAUAUUGGGAUUAGAGGUAUUUUUGAGAUGACGCCGCUCAAUUCAAUGACUUAAACUGCAAUGUUUCUUUUUUAUGUUUGUAUGUGUCUUGUAUAUAUUUUGUUUACAAAGUAACAGGUGUAAAUUUUAAACAUUUAUAUACUCCCUAUUACAUACUUGACAUUGUACAGGUAAAAGGCAGGAAUAUGCAACACAUACAUAUUUUUGUAAAGGUACUGGUUCGCCACAGCAUAGAGUACAUAUUUAGGUAUUGUACAAGGCAAACGACUCGUACAUUAUUUUUCCUCUCAGCUCUCAACUUUGACAUGCCUAUAAAUGCUAGCAUACCAAUGAAUGUGAAUGCCCUGUUCAUAAGGAAUUAUUACAUCAAUAAAAACAUUUUUAACUCUGUGAAUGGCAGCUGAGGAAACAGUACUUUCAAUUACGCUCCUCCAAAGUCUUUGUCGACUCAGCUCGGCUUUUCAGCUCGGCUUUCAUCUGUCAGGUGAAUCACAGCUGUUUAGGGAGUAUGCCCAAUUUCAGAUUCAGUCCCCCGGGCUUUACUUUCCUGUUGCCGUUGAUGGCUGUCAGAAGUUUCAAAACGAUGUAGCUUGGUCUUGUGACCAAAGUAUAGAUCCUCAAUAGGAUGCAUAAUUAUGACAGAAGUGGGACACAGGAUGCAUCGCACUAAGAAAACAAAACAGCACAGUAAAGUCUUUAGUUUCCGGGAGCUAAUGGAAACAUAGCCGAGUCUGAAAUCAAUAUCAGGUAAGUGUCGCAUGCAGGUAAAUUCGAAAUUUGGCAAGUACAUUUCAGGACAUGUACCACAAGGGCAUGUUACGGGUCAUAACGCAUUUUCUUUUUAAUGCUGGAGGAACAAAGAUUUGUCCUUAAGAUGACUUUAAAUACUGUAAUACAUUUUUUUCAUCUCAUGCGGUCUCUUGCAUAUAGUCUCUCUACCUACUACUACUACUUUCGGCUGCCCCCGUUAGGGGUCGCCACAGCGGAUCAUCCGAUAUAGUCUCUCUACCAAUGAAGUGAAUUCUGGGGGCGGCCAGCCAGCCAGCCGCUGCUGCAACUGGGAAUCAAACCCGGGUAGCCCGGACCACGGGCGGCUGCACUAACCAGUCAACUAAAGGGUCCGACCAGUUAGCCAAGGGCUAGUGAGUCUCGUCAUCCGUGAUCGUUACACUACCCCCCCUCCUUUGGGAAGCGUGUCCCUCUUGUUUCAGUAUAUCGGCUCCCUAACGCCUCUCGGUGCAUGUGCCUCCGAUGGCCUCACGGUCUCACCAUCCCGCUGAAUUCAUUACACCAAUGUAGCGAAUUCAGGGGGCAGCCGGGAAUCCGCCGCAGCCGGGAAUCAAACCUGAAUAUCCCGCACCACGGGCGACUGCACUAACCAGUCAACUAAAGGGUCCGAGCCGUUGGGGGGGGUGGACCCCGUGAGGAGCAGGGGCCCUCCCGGUGGGCGCUGUAGCUAGGGAAAUCCACGGCACCGCCAUACCCCGGUCAUCUUUCUGGCAUGGCUGUCCCGCGAAGACGCCCCCCCCCCCCAGUCAUCAAAAAUUACAAUCUGUUGCGUAAUAGUCAUAAGAUGGUGGCUGUAAUUAACC